UUCUAAACAUGCUAAAGGAAAGGUGUAUUCCAUAUAUGGGAGAGAAAAACUGCUUUUUAGAUAUGUAAUUUUGUUGAUUGUGUUUUUCUUGUGGAGGCAAAAAUAGAUUAAAAUCCAGUUUGGUUGUGUAAGGUUUAGAUGAAUUUGGAAAUAUCCAUUCUCUUAUCAGGAGAAGUGUUGGAACAUCAAAAUUAAAAAUAAGAGGUUAAGUACUAGGGUUGGUGAGGAUAAACAUAGGGCAGUCCAUUGGAACUUCUCUGUGGAAUUCCUUCUAAGUUCUUGAUACUCAUCUCAGAUUUAUUGACUGCAUUCAGGAGGAAAAACAAAGUAUAAUCAGAAAAAGAGAUGUCUGCAUUUGGUAGCGACUGCCACUUUUACUUCAACGCAACUUGCCUGAAGGGAGAUACAUGCCCUUUUAGACAUUGUGAGGCAGCAAAGGCCAAUGAUGUUACUUGUACAUUCUGGAGACAGAAAACCUGCAUAAAACCCAACUGUCCAUACAGACAUUCAGAGGUUGUCCCACAGACCAAAAACAGAGCCGAGAUUCCUUGCUACUGGGAAACACAGCCCAUCGGCUGUACCAAAGCAGCUUGUCCAUUCAAACAUGUAAAACCUCAGCCAGAUUCUAUCACAUCUGUCGAAGCUCCGGUCCCUCAGACAGAAUCCCCUGCCACUCCAGAUGUUGAGGCGGUAGAGGUACAGCCCAUUGUGGUGAAUCUGGCUGAAGAUUCAGAUGUUGAAAUGGUGUCUCCAGUAAAAACAAUCAUCAGGGACAGAACAGCUGUACUAGACAAACCAGUAAGAAAUCUGAUCCCAAAACGUCCUCCUGAAACACAGCAACUGAUUUCCAAUGUACAGAAACAAAGAGCUGUACCAGACAGUAAAUCAAAUAUCAGAAGCAGACUGACCAAUCAGAAUCCACCGACAGAAAACAGGAAGUCGGUGAAGGAGAGGUUAAAACUAGGAAACUCGAACACAGGUCAACAGCACUCUGUGAAAGCAAGGCUAGGUGUAAACAAAGCAGAGACAUCAGUGAAGAACCGACUGGGCACCAGUCAACAACAGCAACAACAACAACAACAACAGACUCCAAACUCAGAAGAAUCAUCACCUGAUGAUUCAGAUGAGAACAGUGAUGUAGAAGUUAAAUCUCUAGAACAAAUCCAGAGAGAGAAAGCCCUGAGAUCUAUGGGACUUAUGGAGUUAAAAGGUGGAAAGAUUGUCAAAAUAGCUGACUGGGAGAAGGAUCAGAAAGAGGACGGUAAGAAAUCGGAGGAGGAAAAAGAGGAAGAGGAGGAGGAAAGUGAUGAAUCAGAGGAGGAGGAAGAAAAGGAAAUCUCAGAAGAAGAGGAGGAUGACCUUAUUGAACCGGAACCGAUAGAGUUAUUUGCCCCAGAUGAAAUAGAAGAAGACACUAGGACAUUUAUAUCUACAGAAAAUAAAAUGGGGUCAAAUUCAGACAGUACGCUUAACCUGCCUCAAGUUGAAGAAGGCAGUAAAAGUAGACGAAUUGUUGUUGAAGAUGAAGUAGAUGCAAAGACUCCAGUGUUAAAAGCAAGUUUAAAGAGGCGAUUGGGAGGCAGAAUUACAGAGGUCACCAGAGAAUCAAGUCCAGUUGAGAAAGAGCCAUCAGUCAAAAAGAGGCUAACAUCAACUGUGGGCAGUUCAAAUCAGGGCACCAUCAAAACUGUCACAAGCAUAAAAAGUCGACUUGGCACACCUGGUGAUGACACAGUUGUGUUAGACGCUCGUCAAAGGUUGAAACAGAAGAAGAUGGACAAUAUAGAAAAGAUAACUCUGUCUAUUCCUAAUAAGGGAGAUGACUCUGGAGACAAACCUUUAAAUACAGCCUCAAUAAGGAAGAGAGGAUGGAGAAAAAUAACCAAGGUUACAGAGGAUGGGACAGACACAGACUCCAGCCGACCGGUCACACCUGACCGACCUCUAUCAACAAGGUCAUCUCCAGAGAAGUCAAGUGUGACAGAAGAGGUCAUUACUCAUGUGAAGAGACAAAAAAGAGUAGUGGAUGCAGGAGAGCAGCUCCAGAAUUUACUAACUCAGAAAAUGAGGAACAAUAUCUGGAGCAACAGAAAAUCAAAACCUACCGGUGAAACUCUUGAUAGUUUAGGAAUUGGCAUCAUUGAUAUAAAAGGAGGAAAGGUUGUCAAAAUGAGUAAAACAGAAAAAGAGGAGGAAAACAGAGAAACAAAAAAGGAAGAUAAAUUCCUGGCUCAAAUUGAAAAAUUAUCAAAAGGCUCAAAGAAGGAGGUUAGAGAAAGGAAGGUGUAUGUUCCCCCGGCAUUACAGAAAUCUGGAGCACUUGGCUUAGAUUCUGGAGACAAGAGAGGAAGAAUUAAUUACACUGAGAGUGAGUCAGGCCUGAUAGAGGAGGACUCUAAUGACAUCGAAGUGAAGACUUUCUCUGAAAUCAUGGCAGCCAAAAGUCAGAGACAAAAACGAUUGUCAGAAAAGAAGUCAGCCAGAAAGAACUCAGUGGAGGAAUUCCCUCAGGAAAACACAGAGGACAGCAAUGAGGCCCCAGCGGAUGUGUUGAAGAUGGCGCAGAUGAUCACCGGAGCGUCAGCCAGUCCUGUCAAGUCCAUGGACUCCCAUCAUCACCGCAGCAAAAAGAAGUCCAAGUGGAGGAAGAAACACAAGGCCUCGAAAGAGAAAAAGGACUCCAAAGAAAACAAACACACGGACAGCGUGGACGAGUCCACUCAGGACACCACCAAGUCAUGUGACACGGCCAUCUCAGAGGACUCCCAGAAUUCCAAUCUUGUCAGUUCCCAGCAUGCCUCAGAAUCUACGGAACCUGUUCUACUCAAAACAAAAAGACAAAAUUCUGAGACGGGAGGGAAUACAUCUGAAAAGGAAGAGAUAAGUCCAGUGAAGAAGAGGACGGAGCAGCUGUUGUCAGACAGCUGGUUAGAUCUCGGGGAGGAAGAUUCAGAAGAAGUCAUCACUCAGGACGAAGAUGACCUGCUGAGAGAAAUCGAUGAACUCUUAGCCUAACUAAUGUACAUGUAUCUCUUACUUUAUUUUGAUCUCUUUAUUUGUCAGUCAAUGUUCUGUGGAAUAGGUGCUCAAAAGUAAGCAAGUAAAUCUUGAUUUUAUCUGUCCAGAGAGAUUUUGUCUAAUCAUUUGUUUUUGUGAUAAGUGCAUUAUUUAGAUUUGAUUGAGAACAUCAUUAUUGUUUAUCAGACUUGAUAGGUCUGUUUUAUCAUGAAAUGUAAACAUAAAGAUUAAAGAUAUCGAUAAGAU